AUGUCCUUCCUUGCAAGACGCGCUCACGCUCACACGCCGCUGCGCGUUCCUCGUAGGGCGUACGCGACUGAGACCCACCGACCUCGUCCUGAACCAUCGGUUGAGACGUUCUCCUCCCCUGCACGGUUGCGACCCUACCGUCAACCACGGGAUCUCCCUUUACCAAAGAAAAAAUGGCCCGUCAUACUCGCUGCUGUUACGGGAGGUGUACUGGCUUGGUCAGCGUUUUUGACCUAUAUCACCAACCAGGAGAAGAUUUCGAGCUCGGUUGUACGCCAAAUCAUGCGCUCCGUGAAGGAGAGUGUCGAACUAAGAGAUCAUCUUGGAGAAGCCAUCCGACCCCAGCCUGAAUGGUGGCUGAACGGUGACCCAAGAAUUAAGGGGAAUAUCAACCAACUGCAAGGGAACGUCGACGUAAGUCUUCGCUUGAAAGGGUCAAAAGACUCUGGAACCCUGUAUUUCACAAGUAUCAGGAAAGAAAAAGGCGUCCCCUUCACCAUUCUCCGAUUUAAAGUCAUUUGUGAUGACGGCUCAGUUGUUCAUAUCAGCUCGGACCCCAUCUAG